AUGGCAUGCUGCUUUCCCACGCGUUCUGCCGAGAACCUUGUCGUCGUGCUGCUGGGCCUCGACCGGUCCGGCAAAACGACCGUGCUGAUGCGUAUCCGCCGAGAUCCGCCGCAUGCCGUCGCCAAAACAACAUGGGGGUUUUCAUCCGACACAGUGCCUGUGAAGCACGGUCUCUGUCGCUUUCAGAACGUCAACUUUUACGAUGUCGGAGGUGGUCCUCGGAUCCGAGGCAUCUGGUCCAACUACUACGCCGAGUGUCAUGGAUCCAUCUUUGUCGUCGACUCCUCAGACCUCGCCCGCAUCGAUGAAGUCACUCGGGUCAUCAGUCAGGUCUACACAGAUCCUCGAAUGGUGGGAAAGCCGGUGCUGAUUCUCGCCAACAAAUCCGACCUCCAGCCUCAUCCGCUGCAGGCUCUGCAGCUUUACCAUUUGCUCAAAAUGAACACACUUGGGCCCGACUUUGCCUAUCAUCCCCGGCCGUCGCGCGAGAGCAACGUCCAUAUUCAGUUCUGGCUCAAAUGGCUCGUUGGCAAGAUUGCCAGGGAUAUCGAUGAGCUCCGCCCACGGAUCCAGAUCGAUGUUGCUGCACAGCAGCAGCUGUAUCAAAUCCAGAAGCUUGAGCAGCAGCGGCGGAUUGCCCAGACCCAAGAGCAACGCCAAGAGAAGGAGCACGAGCAGGAUCAUCCCGGCUCUCCUCUGUCCCCCGAAAAGCCAUCGCCCGGGCUCGAUCCAGUCCACGCCGUGGUUUCUCCCACAGAGACCCUGAUUUGCCCAGAGGAGCCCCCGGAGCCGUCAGCGACUUUGUCCCCGACUCAUCCACAGGCUUCGGCCAGCAAGGGUGGCAGCGAUGGAUCCGACUACCAGGCAGCUGGUGCACAUGUGCUCGGUCUUCAGCCCCUCCAUCCACAGCUCGCCGACAGCGCCCUCGCCAGCUCCCGAUCUGAGCCGCACUCGGUCCAAGUAACUGAGUCUCAAAGACCCGAUGACCGCCGGGCGGCACCAGGCUUUCUCAGCGGCUCACUCGCACGGCUGUCGUCCAGGCCGUCGUCUGUUGCUGCCCGGCGAGCCCGCAAGGUGGCCCCAGAGACACUGCCGGCUGUUUCUGCCGAGGAUCCCCUGAAUCCCGCAAAAGACUCCUCCGAUGGCCACAGCCUGCCCAACGCCUCCGAAGACGAGCCCCCGCCGCGAGUCUCACGCAGCUCACUGGCUAAGAUCAGUCCUGACGGCUCGGCGUCAGGAUUGCAAGCGGUCUCGGGUCUCCGCGGCUCACUCGCUAGUCUCGGUGGGUCGCAGCCAGGCAACAUCGUUCGACCCCGAGUCCUCCCACCGAUCAGUCCAAAGGCAUGA